AUGUUGCCAUUUUAUAAGAAUGAAGAUAUUGGAAACGAAUUCAAAAAGAAAAAGGGAUAUAAUAUUAAAAAUAUAGAAAAAUUAAUUAACUCACAUAAGCAGUUUAAAAAAAAUGUGAAAAAAAAAAUAUCUUAUGAUUAUAUUGCUAUAUUAUUAAAUAAAGCGAAUUUAGAUAUUAAGUAUAAUUAUGCCCAAAUAGCAUAUAGUUUAUUUUGCCCUUCAAAAUUGUAUAAAUUAUUUUUAUAUAGAAAGCAAAAUAAAAAUCACUAUCAUCGUGAUGACCCAUGUUUUUUUUUUAUCUUUUUAUUUAAUUAUCUAAUAAUUGGAUAUAUAUAUAGCAUAAAUUUAAUAUCAAAAAAACCCAAUACAACAAAUGAUAAUUCAAAAUAUGCAAUUUUUACUAUUAGAAUUUUUUAUCCAUUACUUAUUUUUUUAUCUAUAGGGAUAUUAAUAACUGUAUUAAAUUAUUUUUAUAUAUUUAAAUGUAUUAAAAAUAAAACCAUUGUUGAUAAUGAAAAUAAUAAUGCAUUUGGAUCAAUAAAAGAUUUAAACAAGGAAAUUUUACUUUUCUUUGAUAUGAUCUUAAAUUGCUCAACAGCUAUUCUUAUAUCAUCAUUUGUUGUUCCUUAUUUUUUUUUACCUAUUUUAGCUUAUAAAAAUUUCCAAAUUUUAAGAAAAGUGAUCAUUACCUUAUUAAAUAUUUUAGAUAUAUUUGCUUGGAUACAUUAUUUAUAUGUAUAUAGAAUAGGUAUGCAUGUUAUUUUAUAUAGAAACAACAAACAAAAUAGUUAUUUAUAUGCAUUUUUUUUUUGUUUUAUUUUAAUAUUUUUUUUUUAUCUAUCAUAUAACAAUUUAACCUUUGCAUUUUUUAUCUAUAACUUAUUUUAA